GAAACUGUCAACUGUAACGAGAACCGGUCAGCAGCACUGUUUUAUAGUUUGUACAUUUUACCAUAAAACAUGGCUCCUGCGAACAACAGAGUGUUUGUGGUUGGUGUUGGGAUGACAAAGUUCGAUAAGCCAGGAGCAAGAGAUGGCGAUUACCCAGACAUGGCCAAAGAAGCAGGAGAGAAAGCCUUGGCCGAUGCAGGAAUCCCGUACUCUUCUGUUGAGCAAGCCUGUGUGGGAUAUGUAUAUGGUGACUCUACAUGUGGUCAGCGAGCUAUAUACCACAGCCUGGGUCUGUCGGGCAUCCCUAUAAUCAAUGUCAAUAAUAACUGCUCCACCGGUUCCACUGCGCUCUUCAUGGCACGGCAACUUGUCCGAGGAGGUUUGGCUGACUGUGUCCUUGCACUGGGUUUCGAGAAGAUGGAGAGGGGUUCCUUGUCCUCUAAGUACAUGGACAGGACCAACCCUAUGGACAAACACAUGGAAGUGAUGAUCAAUCGAUAUGGGAUGGUCGCAGCUCCAGCUGCACCUCAGAUGUUUGGCAAUGCUGGAAGAGAACACAUGGAGAAGUAUGGCACCAAGCCUGAACAUUUUGCCAAAAUUGCCUGGAAAAAUCACAAGCACUCGACCAACAACCCAUAUUCUCAGUUCCAGGACGAGUACAGUCUGGAGCAGGUGAUUAAAUCCCGAAAGGUCUUUGAAUUCCUCACACUCCUACAGUGCUGUCCUACAUCUGAUGGAGCCGGAGCAGCAGUCCUGGCCAGCGAGGCUUUUGUGAUGAAGCAUGGCCUGCAGGCCAAGGCUGUGGAGAUCAUCGCUCAGGAGAUGGUCACUGACCUCGCCACAACGUUUGAGGAGAACAGCUGCAUCAAGAUGGUUGGCUAUGACAUGACCCACCAUGCAGCCAAAAAGUGCUUCGAAGCGGCAGGCCUGACGCCGGCAGACGUCAACGUCAUUGAGCUUCAUGACUGUUUCUCUGCCAACGAGCUCAUCACAUACGAGGCCCUUGGCCUUUGCUCUGAAGGUAAAGCCGGAGAGCUUAUUGACAGGGGAGAUAACACUUACGGUGGCAAGUGGGUGGUUAACCCAAGCGGAGGGCUAAUUUCGAAGGGUCAUCCACUUGGAGCUACAGGUCUGGCCCAGUGUGCAGAGCUGUGCUGGCAGUUAAGAGGCGAGGCUGGAAAGCGGCAGGUCCCGAAAGCAAAGGUCGCCCUGCAGCACAACAUUGGCCUCGGCGGAGCAGUGGUGGUCACUCUGUACAGGAUGGGAUUCCCUCAAGAAGUAAGGUCACGGAUAGCUGCAGUGCCCACCGGUGCUUCCGACGGGCUGGAGGGUUUCAAAGCUCAUGCACUUUUCAAGGAAAUUGAGAAGAAACUGCAGGAGGAAGGAGAGGCAUAUGUGAAAAAAAUCGGUGCCAUUUUCGCCUUCAAAGUGAAAGAUGGCCCCGGUGGAAGGGAAGCAUUGUGGGUCGUGGAUGUGAAAAAUGGCAAAGGAUCGGUGGACAACGAUGCAGGCAAAAAAGCAGACUGCACAAUUAUAAUGGCAGAUUCUGAGCUUAUCCACUUGAUGACAGGAAAACUGAAUCCACAAACUGCCUUCUUUCAAGGUAAGCUGAAGAUCACUGGGAACAUGGGAAUGGCGAUGAAGCUGCAGAACCUACAGCUGACUCCGGGCAAAGCCAAACUGUGAAGAAAUCACAACUUCUGCAGCCUGAUGCUGGAACUGGUGUCCUGUUAGGAUGUGUGUUGAUAAUUAGCAAAGAGAUUAUGAGAUCACGAUUAUGGAUGCUUUAGUUUAAGCUCAAUGAGUCAACAAGUGCUCAUUAUUACCAAGAGACAAUGAACAAAUCUGAUGCUGCUAGGGUUGAUUUACAGUUGAAUUGUUGUAGAUCUUGUAGUGAUUUUAUCUACAAUAUUGCAAUAAUACUACAGUAUGAACUAUGGGAAAUAUUAACAGUCCUGACUUUAUAAGAUUUUGAUUCGACAACCUUAAACCGAGAAACAUAGAAGAAUUAGGAUAAAGACUUUUCGAGGAUUUAAAUUUAUAAGCCCAAUAAACAAUUUUAAAAGGUAGUUUAAAGUUACUAAUGAUUAAAAUACGCUGCAUCCCAAACCACAUAGCACCCUAAUAUAAACAGUAUGUCAGUUUUUAAAACCACCAGUGGUAUCAAAACAUACUAUUCUAUCCAUGACAUUUACUCAGGUGAGUAAGUCAAUAUGACUUACCAAUCUACCAAGCCUGACUUACACAGGCCGAGCCUGUUAUUAGCUAGCAUGGCUAACAGGUGCAGUUUCACAAAGCACUGUUUAUUUAGACGACACUGUAGCUUUAAAAGAAGUACAGCCAAACAACGUUACAGUGGCAUAGUUGGCUCAUAUUGAUACCAAAUUUUCAUUAACAUUCGCUGUUAGACCUUCUCCACUUGUGUCUUCUCGAAAUGCAAUGGCUUCAGGCUCAGGGAGAACAUCCUCAUACAGAUGUGUGAGCAAACAAAUGGCUGCCACAUUUCCAUUACAGUGACCGUCAGAAGCAUUUAGAUUGCAGUUCAUUCAGUAAUGCACUUAAACUACGCCGCACGUGCCUACAGUUGAACAAUGUUUAUCUAAUCUUGAUGUCUAGAUUUGAAAUUAUGACCCUAAUUAAAUCUUAUUUCUUUAAAAAUAUAAACCUGAUGUGGUAACCUAGAAUCAACUUGCUUAAGCCAUUUAGUGCAAAUGACACUAAUUACCACUUAGCAAAAUGUUUAACAUACUGUAUUAGCUUCCUAUUCAAGAUUAGUGCUUGUCCACUAUAAACAACAUCUUGUAUAAUUGUAAUUGUAACAAAUGUUUAAUACUGUUGAAGUUAAUCUUUUUUGAUGAGUAUUUCUAAUAAUAAAAGUUUUCUCUGAAUGUG